UGAAGUGCACAUUGAAAAAAUGGUGGAUGGUGAUAAGAAUCGAUGAUUUAAUGUUAAUCGUUUUAAGUGUAAAGGAGUUUUAAGUAAAAUAGUAUAUUGUAUCUUUUACAUAACUUGAAGAGCUGAGAAUGGGUUCAAAUAAACGGCAUAAGACCGAGAAGAGCCGUGAUUCUAAGAAGAAGCGUCAUCGAAGCCGUUCACGAAGUUACACGCCUGAACGAGAGAAAUCGGAAAAGCACAGACAUCAUAAAAAGCAUAGGAGAAAAGAACGCAAGGAUUAUGAUAGCGAUGUUGAAAUAGUUAAUGCACCUCCACCCCCAAAAAUCUCUAAGUCUUCACAUCCAUCAACACCUCCACCUCCUGAAAUUUCUAAACAGCGUAGUCCUUCGCCAAACAAAGGGGGAGGAACGCAAAGCUCUCUGUCCAUUGAAGAAACUAACAAAUUAAGAGCAAAAUUAGGUUUAAAGCCAUUAGAAAUUGAUAAUACUUCAAAAGAUGACCCUAACAAGAUUAAAGAUGAUUUGGGAGAAUUUUAUCAUAAGCCAGCUCCUGAUGUUAAUGAAAAAUUAAAAACUCAGAAGUUAAAGGAAAAACUUGGUACUCAGAAACAAAAAAGGCUAAUUGAAGCUAAUUUAGCCAAAGUAAAAAGUUUGGGUGAAUGUGAGUCUGAUGAUGAUACCAAAAAUUGGAUUGAUAAGACCAGGCGUUUGGAAGAAGAGAAGAAAAAAGCAGAAGAAAGGGCAAAAAUGUUAGAUCAAUUAGAUGAAGAAUUUGGCAUUGGAAAUUUGGUUAAAGAAGAAAUUCAUGCAGCUCGUAAUACAGCUUAUACUGAAAAGAAUUUGAAGGGCCUCAAAGUAGAACAUAAUAUCGAAAAAUUUGAAGAAGGUAAAACACUCGUUUUGACAUUAAAAGAUCAAGAAGUACUGGAGGAAGGCGAAGACGUACUCGUUAACAUAAAUAUAACUGAUGAGGAACGUUAUCAACGUAAUAUUUUAAAUAAGACUAAAAAGCCUGGUUAUGAUGCAUACGAUGAUGACAAUUUUGAUGAAUAUGGUUUUGCAAAAAAAACAAUUUUGGAAAAGUAUGAUGAAGAAAUUGAAGGGGAAAAAAAGGAUACAUUUGUACUAGGAACUAAUAUUAAAGAUGUUAAGCAGAAUAAACUUGAUUAUGUUAAACAACGUUUAGCAAAUAAACGACUAGAAUCGUUACAAUUAACAGAACCGAAAUUAGCUAGUGAAUAUUAUAAUGAAGAAGAACUUGCAAAAUUCAAGAAACCAAAGAAAAAAGUUCGAAAAAUUAGGAAGAAAUUAAAGGCAGAGGAUAUAAUUCCAGAAGAUAAUGAUUAUCUUCGAGAUCUUGGAAGUAGAAGAAGCAAACGAACUGAUGAAGUGAAAGAAAACGAUGCUUUAGACGUAGAUGAUAUAGGAGCUCCCACUGAAGAUCUCAGUGGUAUCAAGUUAGAAGAAGAUGACAAAGAACUAGAAUUGCAGUUAGCAUUGAAGAAAACCCAACGUCUAAAAGAGUCUCAGUCAUCAAGUAUUGAAAAAGUCGUUGAAACUAUAAAGCAAGAGCCUAUAGGUACUGAAGAAAAUCAAUCUGGAAAUAUCGUUCUCAAUGCCACUGCAGAAUUUUGUAGAACUUUAGGAGAUAUUCCGACUUAUGGUCUUGCCGGAAACAGAGAAGAAAAUGGACAGGAACUGAUGGAUUUUGAAAUGGAUGGUGUCAAAGAGGAACCACCUACAAAUGAGGAAGAAGAUGAUGGUCGUGGCGCUUGGAAUAUGGUACAUCUAGAUGAAAGCACAUCAGAACCUAUAGCAAUGGAAGCUGCAAUUUUAGAUGCAGAACCUUCACUUGGACAAGGGGUUGGAGGUGCGUUGAAACUCGCUAUGAGCAAAGGAUAUUUGCAAAAAGAGGAUAGUAGUAGACCAUCCGCGUCUCGUUUCGCGCAUCUUCAAGCUCAAAAUUAUUCGAUAGAGGACAAAACCUAUGGAGACGAUGAUAAAUUCGGCAGAAGGGAUCGUUUUAAUGGUCCAACAUCAGAGUUCAAGGAGAAAGAUGGUUUCAAACCGAAUGUUAAGUUGGAAUAUAUCGAUGACGAUGGCCACGUUUUAAGUGCAAAAGAAGCUUUCCGAUAUCUCUCACAUAAGUUCCAUGGGAAAGGUCCAGGAAAAAAUAAGGUUGAAAAACGAAUGAAAAAAGCAGAACAAGAAGUUCUUAUGAAACGCAUGUCAUCUACAGAUACACCUCUAGGAACGCUUAAUUUAUUACAAGCAAAACAGAAAGAAACUCAGUCACCAUAUAUAGUACUCAGUGGAAGCAAACAAAUGCAAACGACUAGCAUAUCAAAGUCGAAGCAUUAAAUCUUAAAGCUA